GGGCAAAAUCUAAUUCCGUUACGGGCAUUACCCUUCAAACGAGCUUGAUUUCGAAGAGAGGGAAAAAUCUAACGAAGGAGAAGACGAGGAAGAAGAAGAAGAAGAAGAAAAGGAAGAGGAAGAUGAACCAUAGCCAACAAGCGACAGGGAGCAGGCACGACGAUGACGCAGCGCUAUCUGAGUUUUUAGCUUCUCUAAUGGAGUAUACUCCCACUAUUCCCGAUGAGUUGGUGGAGCAUUACUUAGGAAAGAGUGGAUUUCAGUGUCCCGACGUUCGAUUGAUCAGGCUUGUCGCUGUUGCCACACAGAAGUUCGUUGCGGAUGUUGCAAGUGAUGCUCUCCAGCAUUGUAAGGCAAGGCAGGCUGCAGUGGUGAAAGACAAAAGGGAUAAACAACAAAAGGAUAAGCGGUUAAUAUUGACCAUGGAGGAUCUCUCAAAGGCACUUCGUGAGGGAAUCGUUAAUGUGCAUGCUUUCUCAUUUUAUGACCACCACUUUGGAAAUGAUUACGUUUUGAGCAUAGACACUUGGUGAUCUAGUCGCUUAUCCAUAACUAACCGCCUCGUUGGUACUUGAUGAACAGUAUGGCGUCAAUGUGAAACAUCAAGAAUAUUUUGCUGAUAGCCCUUCAACGGGAGUGGAUUCUACUUCCAGAGAGGAAUGAGUUGGAAUAACGGUUAAAAUGUCUCAUCGUUAUUUAUGUCGUGAAUAUACUGAAUUACUGAUGGAUAGCGUUCAGGGUUGGAGUAUUUCUGGCUGACUCUGCAGCUAAAUUUAGUCCCUGCCAUGUGCAGUCAUCAUGAGUCAUGUUGUACAUUAUAGCAUUGCUUUGAACAUCAAAAUUAAGUAGCUGUGUUUCCUUAGUCAUAUUCUAUUACUACUUUCCAUAGCAAAGGCCUUAACCUUUUCGAACUGUCAAAGCGGUAGAUAUGUUCGGCAUUUUCUACUUGUCUAUUGAAUGAGACUGUGCAUAAUGAAAAUCAUAACAUCAUUCUUGUUCAUACAA